AUGCCCAAAGGUUGUCAGUCACAGGAGCUUCAGCUGCGACUCUACAAACGAUUCUUAUUGGAUUUACCCAUCAUCAUCAUCCAACCCAAAAGCCCACACUUUUCCGGCUCCUACCCUCACCAUCCUCCCCACCUCACCAUCCUCCCCACCCUCCCCAUCGUCCCCACACACCACAUCCUGACCGCCCUCACCACCUUCACCACCUUCCCCCCUCACUACCCUCACCAACCUCCCCACGCUGCCCAAUCUCACAAUCCUCCCCAACCUCACCAUCCUCCAAACCCUCCCUACCCUCACCAACCUCUCCAUCCUCCCCAACUUCUCCUCUCCACGCUGCCCAAUCUCACCAUCCUCACCACCCUUCAAAACCUCACCAUCCUCCCCACCCUCACCAUCCUUCCUACGCUCCCCAACCUCACCACCCUCACCAUCCUUCCCACGCUCCCCAACCUCACCAUCCUCACCAUUCUUCCCACGCUGCCCAACCUCACCAUCCUCCCCACCCUCACUAUCCUUCCCACGCUCACCAACCUCACCAUCCUCACCAUCCUUCCCACCACCCUCCCAAUCCUCAACACCCUCUACAUACUCAACACCCUCUACACCCUCAACACCCUCUACACCCUCACCAUCCUCAACACCCUCAACACCCUCACCACCCUCACCACUCUCACCACUCUCACCACACUCACCACCCUCAACACCCUUAACACUCUCACCACUCUCACCAUCCUUCCCACCCUCACCACCGUCACCAUCCUCAGCACCCUCCCAAUCCUCAACACCCUCUACAUCCUCAACACCCUCUACACCCUCAACACCCUCUACACCCUCACCAUCCUCAACACCCUCAACACCCUCACCACCCUCGACACCCUUAACACUCUCACCACUCUCACCAUCCUCAACACCCUCAACACCCUCAACACCCUCAACACCCUCACCAUCCUCAACACCCUAAACACCCUCACCAUCCUCAACACCAUCACCAUCCUCAACACCCUCACCACUCUCACCAUCCUCAACAUCCUCAACACCCUCACCUCAACACCCUCAACACCCUCAACACCCUCAACACCCUCAACAUCCUCAACUCUCUCAACACUCUUACCAUCCUCAACAUCCUCAACACCCUCACCAUCCUCAACACCCUCAACACCCUCAACACCCUCACCACUCUCACCAUCCUCAACAUCCUCAACACCCUCACCAUCCUCAACACCCUCACCAUCCUCAACAUCCUCAACACCCUCACCAUCCUCAACACUCUCACCAUCCUCAACAUCCUCAACACCCUUACCAUCCUCAACACCCUCACCACUCUCACCAUCCUCAACACCCUCACCAUCCUCAACACCCUCACCACCCUCAACACCCUCACCACCCUCAACACCCUCACCAUCCUCAACACCCUCACCACUCUCACCAUCCUCAACAUCCUCAACACCCUCACCAUCCUCAACACCCUCACCAUCCUCAACACUCUCAACACCCUCAACACCCUCACCAUCCUCAACACCCUCAACACCCUCAACACUCUCAACACUCUCACCAUCAUCAACACCCUCACCAUCCUCAACACCCUAA